AUUUUUAUUGGUUUCUUCCUAAAAAGAAAAUAUUUAUAAAGUGGAGAAGGGUAUAAAACUCUUCAUCUUCCUUUUCAAUGUUGAGUUAUUGUUAACGUUGUGAAUCUGUGAGGUGUGUGAGGAAGAAGAUGGAGAAGGAGAAGCAGAAAGAAUUGAUAUUAUCAAAUUCAAAGGUUUGUAAAAGGUGUAAACAGAGCUAUGACCCAAAUUCCAACACUUCAUCCUCUUGCCGUUUCCACACUUCUUUCUUCGUUUGUCGCCGUCACGACGAUCAAAAGAGGUACUAUGAACUGGGCCCGGAUGAUCCACCUUAUGCUGCAAAGUUCUAUGACUGUUGUGGGGCUGAAGACCCUGAAGCUUCUGGUUGCACAACCAGCUUUCAUGUCUCUUAUGACGAAGACUGAUUCAGAUGCUACUGAGGCUGGCCUCCUUUUAAGGAAUUGUACCUAUAAGGAGCCCUUCUACACGGUUAGGUGUGUUCUGCUUCUUUUAGUUUAUUUAAUAUAUUACUAAUAUUGAUGCUGCCCAAAUAAAAGGGCAAAAAAUCCAGGGAACUAUGUUCAGUAAUGGUCAACAAUAGCAGAAAACUCCAUGAGUCAAUAAUGCAGGGAACUAUUUACUUCCUUUAUUUUCAAGUUGGCUAUAAUUGAUUUUUAUAGAACUACUCAUAAAUGUGUGAUGGUUAUUGAGAUCUACAU